AGCAUAAACAUAAUGAGCGAAGAGUCAAAAUCCAAACAGAAUGGUUUGAUUGUAGUACAAAUGGUGCAAUAGUGACAUUCUUGAACAUUGCACACGAUGAUCGGCCGAACGAUGAGUUUGAAACCAACAAACAUGAACGUAUAUUCGUGUGGGCGCAAAAACACUCAUACCAAAGAAAAGAGCGCUUCGAAAACAUAAGCAGUAAGUAGCGCUAAAAUUAGAGCAUACAUUUAUGCCGGAAUCGCAAAAGUGCUAUUAGCAGAGUUGGAAUCACUCACAUUAGAUUUGAAUGAUUUACGUACAUUAAGAACAUUGGCGUGAAGAGUAUAGUGAUACUUGAUAAAUUCCCAAGAGCAUUUUUUGUUCCAUGUUCAAAUCAUUCACUCAACCUGAUGAUCAAUAAUUCGGCCAAUUCAGGACCGACCAAAAAGUUCUAUGAUCUGGUUCAACACAUUUUUGUUUUUUUGUCUGGUUCGACUAAUAGAUGGGAUGUGCUUAAGUACCAUUUGAAAUCUGUGUCGUCAUUAACCCCGAAACCAAUUUGCACCACACGCUGGUCAAGCCGCAUCGAUGCAAUGAAACCAUUACGACGCAAUCCAGGUCAAAUAAUUGCGACUUUAAGGGAAAUUCAAAACACGAGCUCAUUUCGUCAAAAUAUCCGAGACGAAGCUGAAUCAAUUGCCGAUAAAAUGGACUAUGAAUUUUUCUGUUUUGUUUGUGUUUGGUACGACAUUUUGAGCGAAACAAACAUAGCAUCUAAAUCGUUGCAGUCUAUCAGUUCGAACGUUCAAGCUGCAGUUUAUUGCUUGGAAAGCCUUGCUACAUUUUUGAAUGCUUACAAAGACAAUGCCAUUGAAAAUUUCAUUGACGAAGCUCGUUACAUUUGUGAACGCCUCGAUAUUGAGCAUGAAUUCAGAGAAAGUACUAUGCGUCGUACACAAAAUCGAAUCGCUUCAGAAGAAGAAUUUAGUGCUGAGGUCAACUCCAUUAACGAAGUUGCAAUAAAUUCUAUUGCAGAGCGAUUUGAAUCAUUAAAGGCUCAUACUGAUCUGUUCUCUUUUUUGUAUGAUUUUGAAAAGUUCGAGGAAAAGAAACACAAUGGAAGUUUGUUAAUAACAUGCCAAAACCUUAAACGUGCGCUUACACAGAAUGGAAAUUCGGAUAUCGAUGGAAAUGAUUUAUUUUGUGAGCUCUCUGCUGUAUCCAAAUUAGUCGAAAAUGAAAAUAUAACGCAUACUUUGGAUAUUCUAAACGCAAUAUUGAACCAUCAAAUGGAAAACUUGGUACCGAAUGUAGUGAUUGCCUAUCGUAUUUUGCUAACGACGCCCGUUUCAGUGGGAACCGGUGAACGAACCUUCUCCAAACUAAAACUCAUCAAAAAUUAUCUGCGCAACUCAAUGCACCAAAACAGACUCAACAAUCUGGCCAUCAUCUCGAUCGAGCAUGAAACCGCAAAUUCAAUUGAAUACGAAGAAAUUAUCCAUGAAUUUGCUUCAGUCAAAGCACGAAAACAAAGUUUUAAUGGGGGCGCACGAGAAACCUUGCACCAGGGCGCAAUGGGCGCUCGAAAAGGCUCUGUCAAUGUACGUAAAAAUCAAACCAAACUAAAUUGUAUAAAACAAAAGAUCAGGUUUUUCAUGACUCUUGGAGUCAUUUUCCUGCAAAUCAAAUAAUUCAGCCAGUUUUUGGCGGUGUAAAUAAAUAAAUAAAUAAAUAUGAGAGCGUGAGGCAGCACCAAUUUUUUUGAAAUCUUCAAUACUAACAUAUGUUUUCACACUGUCAUUUUUUCACUGUUAUUUUAUAAUAAUAAAAUAUAUCAAACUCACUUUAAUAAAUUAAAAAUUCAUCACU